CCUCCCGUGGAGGAUGGGGGCCAAGGCAUGUUGCUGAGCCCACCAGGUAGGGCUGAGGAGGUGGGGGUGGAAGUGGGGGGCAGAGGGGGGGAUGAAGGCACGGCAGGAGAGCAAGGCCCCGAAGGCCCCGUGGGGGCAGUAGGGGCGGUAGGAGUAGGGCAAGCAGAAGGAGAAGGGGGUGCUCUAAAUGGCGGAGGCGCCCCAAGCCAGCAUUCCUGGAUCCAGAGGACGUUUGACCAAGUGCUCUCGGCUUCCCACUUGAGGGUUUCCCUCCCGGAUGCCCAGCCAGUGACAGUCUUGUGCCUGGAGAGAUACAUGGCGGACGUCCCAUCGCCCGGUGCCGCCCCAAAGUUGCCUGCCGGUAGUGCCUGCCACACGCACGCGGCUCCCUUUGCUUCGUAUUGCUAUGAUGUCACCGUCACAGAUGGCACAUACCAGGAGAAAUGCUACCUGGCUCCUGAACUGAACACCCUAGUAUACAAAAAUGCCCUGCACUGUGGCUCUUGGGUGAAAAUCACACAGUGUUCGUACAUGUAUAACGAGAAGAAAUUGUGUUACGGCUUUCUGUGCAUUGAGCAACUUGAAGUAGUUGGCACAUCAGAUGCGAGCGAUUGUCCCCAAGAGCAAAAAGAAUACAAUGAAAAGCCCACAACACCCCUGAAAGGUGGCAAAAAAUAUUACCUUCCUUUGUGGAAUAAUGAAGAUCCUUGUGGGGGUGUGUGGAUUGGAAAGAAGCUUUCACAGGGUCUUUGUUUUGAUGAAUCCAAGCUAACUUCUCUCCUUCAUCUGGAGAUGAGCUGGAGGUCCAAAACAAAUUUCCUACCCUUGCUUGUUAGAAUUAUGCAUAAAGCCCGGUUACGGUACUAUGGGAAACCUGAUACAAAAGUAGAUAUGCCAUAUCAGGCCUAUUUUGAAGUGGCUGAUCAUUCUGGUAUGAUGUCAAUGGUCCUGUGGAAUUCUUUAUGUCCUGAAUGGUAUAACAGCAUGGAGAUUGGCACGGUGCUGCUGCUCGAACAGUAUGCUAUCAAAACAAGUUAUCCUUUUAAAACGCAACCAACCCCUGGAGACUUGCACAUGAAGAGAUUCUCUUCAAUAGAAAUCAAUUUGAAUGUUCGAGAUCUUCCAACCAAAAUUAACAUUAUUCCAGAAAACAAGGUUAAAGCAGAAUGGAAGUUGCCUGAAGUUAAAUAUCGUUUUAUAACAAGGUCAGAACUAAAUAAUUUACCAAGCAGUCACUCCUGUGAUAUUAUUGGACUUGUACAGUAUGUUGGAAGGACCGAACGUACAAGAAAAAGAGAAUAUGGGGAAGAUUUUUGGAUCCAUCGCUGGGUACAUGUUGUUGAUGGGACCUCAGAGCAGCCUUUCAUACUUGAAUUGUUUGCCACUUCUCAGCCAGAAAUAUUUGAACAAAUUCACCCAAUGACAUACUUGGUAUGUACACAGAUGAGGGUGAUGCGAGAUACUGCUGAGAAUGGCAGCUGUACCGUUUAUCUGACAACUUCUAAUGAAAGUCAAAUGUUUAUUACAGGGUGGCACAAAGGCCAGCCAUAUACAAAAGAUACCAAAGUGAAAAGCUUUAUCCAGUGGAUUAAAACUCAGAAGGAAGCUUCUCAUAUGGAGAAAACUGCCAUUGGUGGAUAUUGUCCUUUUCCACCAGUUCCGGAUACUUUUCUGAAGUAUUGUAAAAACAUUAAAGUUGAAUCCGUUUUGACAACCAUCAGUGAAAUGGAGAAGGAGAUUGAAAGCCUGCACUACAGGGAGCACAAACGCAUUGCUAUUCAGGGGAUAAUUAGUGCUAUAAGAUAUGUCAGCUGUAGCAAUACAUCUCAAGAUGCCUCAGGAGUGGAACCAAUGCAGAGCAACAGAAGGCCAUUGUUACAGACUUCUGUGCCAGAAAGUGACCGUGUUAAGGAAGGAAAAAGAAAGCAUCCACCAACUGGAGAAUCAGGUUCUGUGGGAAAGUCACCAUCGUCUGUGCAGCAGCAACAGAUAGUAACCAGAAAGGGUCGAUCAAAAAGAAAGCUUGAGACUGUGGAGACAAGAGAUCUUUCUCCCACACCAUCUGAACGUACAUACUUCACAAGAUCAGCAGGCAAGAAAAUAAUGUUGCAUGGAUUUUUGCAAGAGAAUUCUCAAGGAAGAAAAGAGAGUCAAGACAUAACAGAAGCAACGCAGCCCUGUGGAAGCAACAAAGAAGUGGCUGAUGUGCCUGAAAAAGUUCAAACCGAGAGGAUGUGCCAUAAUUCCUGGGAAAGUGCUCUCUGGACAGCAGUAAAAGACAAUUUAACACAACACUUGCACUACAGCAGCGUUUUCCCAGAAAGCUUUCCUUGUAAAUUUGAUUAUGUGCACAAAGAAUUCCUUAUGCAACAAUACAAUCUUCAGGCAGCCAAAUGCAAACCAAAAGAAAGCACAGCGAAUGAGAGCAUGAGUAACUUUGAAAAUGCCUGUCCUCGUGAAUAUUAUGAAGUGGCUAUUCUUGGCAUAAAUCAUGAUGCAGCCGUAGAUGUUGCCUUCCUGCCUGUAUGUUGCCCAGAAGAUUCCCAUUUUUUUCGACCAGAAGCUACACAGAACAAUGCAGGCUCGUCUUGCUCAAGUCACCGGGAGACCAUUAACAAAGAAGGGCUUUCUGAGAUAUUUUCACUUUCAGAUGAAGUUGUAAAGGCAGCGGCAGACCUUGAGAAACAGCAUGUCAUCUGUAUCCUGGAUGUCUGUUCUUUGGGUGAAGAUAAAGUCGAAGUCUUUCUUAACAAGGUCUAUAAAAUAACAGAAGUUGAUGUAACAAACCAAACAUAGAGUUUUACUGUUAAACCGUAGAGAGGAAUAAACUUGCCAGAGAGCCUCCUCCACAGAAGAGCUUGAAUUUUACCUGGCAGUAACCUGGGAAAGGGAGAUUCCUAGCCCUUCCAGCCAAAGAGUGCAGGCUUUCUGUUGAGGGUGUGUUGCAGCACACCGCCACCUUCAGAUCACUUUUUGGAUGCUGCAAGUUCUACUUAGGAAAAGUCUGGAUGGCAAAGCUGCAAAUAGGACCGUGAUCUGAUGCGACAAAACCUUUGCAGAGUUAGCAGUGGGCUUUUCACUCUGCGCCUCUGAUUGCUAGGCAUCUGGACGUAGUGAUGAUAUCAAGUGUUGUCAUGAUGAUAGUGAGUGCCCCUAGAUGAAGACAAUGUGCUGUGAAGUGCAACUUAGGCAAAGCACAGGCCUGUCAGAGCUCACCCAGCUUGGGAGGAUCAAACAUAGAAGAAGACAAGGAGAUGUUGGGAAUUAGGAGACGUGUGGACCUUCCUGGUGUCUUAAUGGCCUUACGGACCAAAUCUCAAGAGUAGGACAAGAUUGCCAAAAUAGGUUGCUCCAUUAGUAACCACUCAUUGCCGGAUAAAGGGGGGUGGGGGGUCCUUGCAGGAAGGAAUAGGAGAGAAGCUUCUCCUUCCUGGUAGGCGAUGGCCUGUCGGAGGCCCACAGCAUACUUGGAGAGCCCUUGCGUUGAUUGCUCUUCAUUUGCUGUUCCAACCAGAGUCCGUCGUUACACUGUCUGCUGAUCUUUAUAAAGCUGCUUGUCGCCCAAAGAUGGCGAGCUUUGGUUCUUCUGAGUUUCAGAUGAAAUGAGAAAGAGUAAUAGUGGUUCUUGGUGUCUGCCUCCCUCUUCUUCUGCCAGAAACAAGAGCUGAUGUUGGUGCAGAACUACUCCUUGUGUACCAGCAUAGGGAAUCCUCAGCGCUCUCCCCGCUUCUGUCUGGAUCCCUACAGCUCUUCUGUGGCUCUACUUUUUUAUGUGAGGUCCAUGUCAGCUAAAUGUGACAUAAGCUUUUGGGGGAGGGCCAAAAUAGUGAGGCUAUGUACUCCCAGAAGGGACCCCAUAUAGCUGCAAAGCAGUAUGAAGGAAGCAGAAGCUGAGUGUGUGUGUGUGUGCGCACACAUCCUAGUUAAUUAUUAGUUCUGUUUGGAAGCAAAGUGAUCAGUCAGACUUCCUGUGUCUCGUGUUGCAUGCUAACUUUGGUAUAAGUGAAAUAUAACUUAUUUAAGUUUUUAUAUAUUUACUUAAAAUCUAAUUCAGAAUUAUUCACAUAAUGUGAUAUUCCUUUCAGAUAUUUAUGCUUUUUUCUGUACUGUUUAAUAAAAACGCAGCACUGACUCGAUAGUGAUGUUCAGGUGAAACAAA